AUGCCUUCAUCAACAAGUCCCAAAUCCGACCCUUACAUCAUCUACGGCCGCGGCGGCGCUGGCAACAUCCAUCACCGCUCUACCAUCCGCAGCGCUUGGAAGUCCCUCAAGAACUCGCCGUCAAAUUCUCCACCUGUGACCCUCUCCGUCAGCCCAGACAACUACUAUGCCGCCUGGAACGCCAAGUCGGAAGACCCACGGAAAGCGCGACGAGAGAACCAGCUAGCUUCUUCAGUAGACGACGGAGAAGGUUUGAAACGCAAUACGUCAAGUGGGUCGCUAUCGUUCCUCAAGUCGAGCGAUAGCGUGAAGAGGAACACGUCGUCUGGUAGCCUGUUCAGUCUGAGCAGGAGUGACACGGGCUCGCGGAGUCACAAUGGAUUGAGCGGGCUCAGCAAGAUCUUUGGGCGGAGGGGGAGCGUUGAGGAUGAUCGGAGUGUGUCCACGAGUACUACCGUUGAGAGCGUGCAGGAGGAGGAGGACGAUGGUGAUGCAAUGGUGAUGCGGAGUACAAAAGGGAAGGGGAAAGCGAGAGCGCAGGAGUAG